CGCCAGCUAGAUUCGGAACACACUCUAAAUACGGCAGACUUCGAGUCAGUUACAGAUAUGCGCUUACGGCGCUUACCUACAGAAUAUCGCUUACCGUCUGGGUCAGUUCGGAUAUGCUUCUCUGUGGUAAUCCGGAACUUAGUUCCAUGAAUCUAUUUAUGUUAAAAAACACUCUAAAAUAGGGUACCCUACAGUCCCUAUGAAACAACGAAGCUUCAAGUGUCAAAUGCUAUUCUAGGGUCCGUUUUUUAUUAAAUAAAACGAUUAAGUCACGAACCCAUUACCUAACCCCAAAACCUACAGAAUACAAACGUAUACGUAGUUCAAUAGGGUGAUGGUAACAUAAUUAUCACAAGAAUUUAAUCACAAAAGUUUCUUUAAUCCCUUUCUAAUAUGACCAAUGAAAAUAAAGAAGAUAAACGAUAUGGACUCAUUGUACCGAGCAAAAAUCGGCUCUCUGUACCCAAGCCUGGAAAUGUUUUUGGGGAAGACAGUGGCUCGGAUGCGGAUGACGGAUCAGAUUGGGUUAGAAAAGCACUCAGAGCAGAGGGUGAAAAGAAUUUGGUCAAAAAGCAAACGCAAUUAACAAUGAAACGUGCAUUGAAAGAAGACCCAACCGUGUAUCAGUAUGAUGAAGUUUAUGACACUAUUGAAAGAUCGAAAAUUGAAGAAAAGAUAAAUAAAAAAACAGUGGAAAAGAAGGCAAAGUAUAUCGAAAACCUGUUGAAGGCGGCAGAGCGCAGAAAACGGGAACAAGAACACAGAGUCGAAAGAAUGGUACAAAAAGAGCGUGAAGCAGAGGGCGCGAUGUUCGCUGACAAAGAAAGUUUCGUCACGUCGGCUUAUAGGGCAAAAUUGGAAGAAUUCAAGAAAAUGGAGGAGGAAGAAAAGAGAAUGGAUAGAUUAGAGGCGAUCGGCGACGUGACAAAACAGCAGGAUAUAUCUGGAUUUUACAGGCAUUUGUAUACACAAACUGUCGACGUUAACAGAAAAGACGCUGAUGAAACAGACAAGGAGGUCAAGAAAGAAGCAGACUCAGCAAACACAGAAAUAACUCAUAUCGAGAAGUCUGAGGAAGAUCAAGAUCAUGUGGAUAAAGAUGACCCACUGACUACAGACUCUGAGAAGAAUUCUGACCAUGAAAAUGAAAGAAAUUUAGCCAAACUGCAGAAGUCUAGAAAAACCCUUGCAAAAGGAGGAAGUAACCGUCAGUACAGGAAGAGAGCCGCAGAAAUAUCUCAGUCAAGUUCAGAAGAUGAGUGUGAUAAUGAAGAAGAUAUGUUAAAAACGACAGUGGCUGAGAAAAGUGAGGCAGAAACGCCAGAAAAGCUUAUAAAAUUAUCAUCGGAUGAUGGUAAACUGAAGACUAAGGACAUUCCGAGUGAUACAAACAAAGCAGACAGCGACGUCAAGCCUGAGGCAAAUAUAUCUGCUGCUGAAAAUAGCGCCAAACAAUCUGAGGAUAAACUAGACGCAGAGGAUGGGGUGAAAAGGGUGAAGAAAAUGGAACCUGAAGCACCGAAAAUAUCAAUAUGGCAAAAACGAACUGUUGGACCGAUUUUCGAAGCUGCAUUAGAGAGAUACUAUGCAAGAAAGGCCGCCAGAUCUUCUGGGUAAUGCCAAUUACAUCUGACAAACAGUUACUUUCCCAAGAUGUCAAUUGUAAAUAAAUGUGAAUUAAUGGUUUGGUACUUUUUAACUAAUUCGAGAAAAUCGUUUAUUUUUUUUCCUCAAAACGUAAAUACCCAUUCUCAUAAAACGUAAAAGUAUUUCUGUUCUCGAUGACUGCGUGGUAAUCAUGUGAAAAUAUACGAUCUUCACAAACUCGAA